AUGCCGGAACAGACAGAUCUAGUAUCAAAGCUGGGAACAUGGAAGCAACAUAUUGAAUAUGAAUCUAUUCCCUUUGCUUGCUUCCAUUAUAAAAAAGCAGGGCACUGGGCGAAGUCCUGUCCCAUCAAACCCAAGGCAGAAUCCAGGCAGCCUGAGCCCCAUUCUGAGAACCAAAGGGCACUAGAAAAAAUGGUAUGGCAAGUUAAAAACUUAGAAAGUAAAGAAGAAAACUCAAAUUGUUUUAAUCCCUUGGGAGAGAAGAAGGAAGUACCCUUAGUCUCUAUCUCCAGUCCUACAACCCAGGAAGCUCUGAGAAAUGAUUCAACCAUUGUCAACCUUCCGAUUACUUCUCAAACAAGGGAGCAGAAAGAUCAGACUAAUUACCCAAAUGAUAUAGUUGAAGUGGUGGUUGAUACUUGUGAAGGAAAUGAACUGCAAGAGAAAAAUGAUCAACCAGAGGAAGGAGAAAUCCCUGCAUCCCAAGAAGAAAAGACUGAUUCCUCUCUGCUCAUGUCUAGUCUUGAAAUUCAAGAAGCCCAAAAAUGUUCAAUUUUGGGCCUAAACCUCUCGGACUUAGAAUGGAGUUCAAAAUUAGCUAACAGUGAUUUAAAUGAUUCAAAUGCUUCUAGAACCCCUAAUUGGGGAAAUGAAGAAGAAAUUUGCAAAAUCCUAAGCAACCCGGUACAAAAAUCGACAAAGAAAGAACCUGAACAGAGUAUAGUUGAACCGACAGUCAGCAAGGCAGAAAGUAAGGAUGACAGUAAGGUUGAAAACAAAGUUGAAACACAAAGUGAGCAAAAGGAAGAAAUAGUGGAUAAAGAAAAGGUCAAUGAUGGAAGUAAGAUAGCUGAAAUAGCAUCGACAUGUAAGGUAGAUGAUAUUGUAGGCUCUAUUGGUAAGUUAGACACAUUGUCUAAAUUCAUUUCAUCUAAUAUUCAGUCGAUUGAUAAGAUUAAUCAGGAGACAAUUAGAGAAAGGGUAAAUAAGGAGAAGGUAGAUUUCUUUAAUAAAUCUAUUGAGGACUGUACAAGAAAUUUAGAUUCCUUAAUACUGGCACUAAAUUCAACAAUUUUGGAGUUUAAGGAACUGUAUAGAGAUGUUUGCAAGCCACACCAUUUGACUACUGAUAUUGAUGAUCAAAUUAAACAAACACAGAAGGAAAUUGAUGAUAUAGCAGACAACCUGAUUGGUUCUUCUAAACUCACUUCAAUUUUAGAUCAAGAAAUGAUAGUAUAUGAGGAGAAAAUAGAAAAUAUUGAAAAGGAGAAAGCUCGAUUAAGGUUAAAAGCCCGCGAGUUAAAGAAUAAACUUGGUCCUAGAUUGGACAAUUUGUUGACACACUAG